AUGGAACACCAUAGACAUUUUCUUAUGUUUAACUUUGAUAAAUAUGAUAAAUGGAAAGUGCGAAUGCAUGCUCACUUGUCUGUCAUUCAUGAUGAAAUGUGGGACGUGAUUACUGAUGGACCCAUCAAGAUUCUACAACUGACAACCGAGGAAAGAACUCGCUCGAACCUUGACAACAUUGCCAAAGAUAUACUCUAUAAGGCUCUAGACGAGUCACUGUUUCCUCGGGUGAGAAAAUGCAAACCUGCGAAAGAUAUCUGGGAUACUCUUAUGCAAAUUGGCGAAGGGGACGAGCAAGAAAAGGAGAAAAAGCUGACUAUCGCCAUGAAAAGGUUUGAAGAUUUCAAACUUGGCGCAAAAGAAUCCAUAUCUGACAUGGAAGCUCGCUUUAUGAAACUGUUAUUGGACAUUGGAGACCUUGAUGAGGAGAAGCUCACACAAAAAGAGAUAAACCUAAAAAUCCUCCGUGGACUGCCGAAGAGUUGGGAGAUGAAGGUUAUCGCCAUGCGUGACCACUGA